AUGCUUCCGGAUCAAAAAAUGACAGUGAAACAGAAAAAUGAGGUGCGUAGGAAAAUCUACAGUUCGACAAAAGCCGAUAAAUUGAACUGGAGGCAAAUGAAAGACGAGAAGAAGCGAAAAACCGAGCAGAAAUUGUUGAAAGAAGUUGAAGAAGCGAAAAGAAAAAAGGAAAACGAGGUGGAUUUCAGUGAGUUUUUCAAAAGCAAAUUAGUUUGUGAGCUCAAGAAUUUGCAGCACCUCCAUUCUCGAUUUCUCUGGCUAUUCCUGGACAAUUUUUGAAUAAUGCACAAUCCAGUGAACUUCGAACUUAUAUGGCUGGACAAAUUGCACGAGCUGCUACGCUUUAUAGGGUUGAUGAAAUUGUGAUUUAUGAUGAAUCAUGUAGAAUGACACCAGAGUGAGUGGAUUUUGAUUUAAAACAGGGCUUGCGUAGCACGCCCCGUAUAAUUUUAAAUCUAAAAAUAGCCCAUAAAGACCUGAAAAAUGAAUAAAGCCUAGAAUCCAUCAAGCUCCAUAUGUUUCCAGAUCAAUCUCAAAUUAUUGGCGCGGUUCAUGGCAAGGUCAUCAAAUUCCAGCCGAGACCAAUUACGAGGGAUGUUUUUACCUGGCGAAAAUUCUGGAAUAUUUGGAAUGCCCGCAGUAUUUGAGAAAAGAUCUUUUUCCGAUUCAAAAACCGCUGAAAUAUGCAGGAUUGCUGAAUCCGCUCGAUUCUCAACAUCAUUUGAAGGCGACUGAAUUGGGAUUUAGGUGAGGCAGCUGAAAAACAUGAAUUUUGGGGAAUGUUACCGUGUUUCGUCUCAAAAUGCUCCAAAUUUUCCAGAUAUCGUGAAGGAGUUGUGCUCAAAAAGAAAUCAAAAGAAGGCCGCGGCCCAAUCUGCAACAUUGGCCUCGAAAAAGAAUUCGAAAUCGACGAAGUUUGCCCGCUUCCCCCAGGCACUCGGGUUACUGUAGAGAUCAAAAAUCUGGAAUUUGGCGCGGAGCAGAAAUUGUGGAGAGGAAGAAUUGCGAGCUCACAAGAGGUUUUGAAAGAAACUGGAAUUUAUUGGGGAUAUAAUGUGAGAUUAGUUCCGGGAUUACAAGAGGUUUUGGAGGGAAAAAAUGGAAAGAAAUAUGAUUUGAUUGCUGGAGUUUCGCAAAGAGGAAAAUUGGCUAGUCAGAUGGAUGUUUGUAUUUUGAAUAAACCGUGAGUUUUUGAAGGAUUUUGGGAUAAAAUUUUACUAAAAAUUCAUGAUUUUGGGGAUGUUUUGAGCUAAAAUUCGAGAAUUUUGAUGAAAAAUAAGCUGAAAUUCAGUAUUUUCGACGAAUUCUGAGCUAAAAUUGAUAUUUUUAUGGGUUUCAACCCAAAAUUCACAAAUUUUGAUGAAUUUUGACCCAAACAGAUCGAAAAUUCAGGAUUUUCAACUAAAAUUACAGUACUCCCGUUUUAAAGGCACAUGACCUCAUGUACACCUUGAAAACCCCUCUGUUUUUGGGAUUACUGUAUAGACUUCGCUGUGAGACCAAAAUCCAAAGAAUCCUCGUAGAAUUUGGGUUAUUUUGAGAUCAAAUUUAACUUGGUUACAGUAGAAAUUUUUAAAGGAACAUAAGCAUGUUUGGACUCAAAAAACUCGGAAUUUUCUCUAGAGUACUGUAGAUACUUCGCUGUGAGACCUAAAUUCAAAGAAUCCACGUGGAAUAACGGUAAUUUUGAGACCAAAUAUGACUGGGUUACUGUAAAGAUAUUUAAAGGAACAUAUGCAUGUUUGGACUCAAAAAACCUCUAAUAUUCUCUAGUACUGUAGAUACUUUGCUGCGAGACCAAAAUCCAAAGAAUCCACGUAGAAUUUGGGUUAUUUUGAGACCAAAUAUGACUGGAUUACUGUAGAUAUAUUUAAAGGAACAUUGCCUUAUUUGAUCUCAAAAUAUUCAGAAUUUCUCAAAUUGUGCUCUAAAUUUUCCCUGGGUUACUGUAGGGAUAUUUUAAAGGAACAUAGCCCUCUCAAUUCAUUUUUUUCCAGAAAAAUCCUUCUGGUCUUCGGCGGUGUCGCCGGCGUCGAUGCGGCUGUCGAAAGCGAAGAACUCGCGGAAUGGCGCCGCGCGGAAGACGCCUUCGAUUGCCUAAUUCGAACCACCGCUCAACCAAAUGGGUCUCGAAGCGAACGAGUCGAGGAAAAUGUGCUGGCGGUUUUGGCGCAAGUUCAAAUGAGUCUACAGGCUAUGCAUGAAUUAUAG